CGCGAUUUAUGUUAUGUAUGCUAUGGCUGUGGUGUAAUAUUAUUGGUAAACAUUCGUAAACAUUGUCACUCCAUGUACUCCAUGUGAAAAGUUGAAUAGUAUGGAAUAGUAAAUAAAAACCAGUUAUAUUAAUGAAACACUGUAUAAACACCUAAAUAUAAUGGAGUUUUCAAACGGAGAGGAAUCUGAUGAAAAUGAUCUCUCGGUCAUAACACCAUUCAAAAUGAACUUGAAAUAUAUAAGAAAUAUGACCACAUCCACUCCAACUACAAGUAAAGAUGUUGAUACACCACCGAAAAAAAAAUUAAAAAUCAGCAGUACACAAAGCAAUGAUUGGGAUGAUAUUUUAGAUUUAGAUGGCUAUGAUAGUUAUGAAGAGGAAUAUCCAGUAGAUGAAAAAAAUAGUUUCGAGCGAACAUGUGACAACUUGAAACUUACAAAUGCUCUUAUUCAAGAAACACAAAUGUUCAUAACAAAAAAUGAAGAAAAGAUAAAUGAGCAGAAAAUCACUGAUAAUUUGCAUCUUCGAGAGCAUUGUGAAAUCUUAAAAAAUCAAUUAUCUGAAUUAAUAUCUCAAAAAAGCAUAUUGGAGGAUACAUUAAAAGAGCAAGCGCCUAAUUAUGUAGAAGACCCAGGUGCUAUAAUUAAUGAUAACUUUUUGAAUGAUACUGUUUUGUCAAAUAAUAAUUUUACUCUUAAACCAAAAGAAAAAACUGCAUUAAGAGAACAAGCUCUUGACUAUAUAGAAGAUCCUGAUGAUAACUUUUUGAAUAAUACUGUUGUGUCAAAGAAUGAUUUGACGCUCAAACCAAAUGAUCAGACGAUUUUUAAAAUUGAAAAUUGCAACAGAAAUUCAUUGUUAUGUCAAGGCUCAAAAAAUUGUUCUGGUAGUGAUUCAGUUAAAGAUACUACAUUAGUUGCUUUAAGUGAAAUGAGUAAUAAUGAUGUUGAAAAUAAAACUGUAAUUGAAUCUUGUUCCAAAAAUGUAAAAAAUAAUCAGGAAAUCGUUGAAGUGAAACUAAAAGAAAAGACUACAUUAGAAGAACAAGCGCCUGACUGUGUAGAAGAUUCGGAUGAUGAAAUUGAUAACUUCUUGAAUGAAACUGUAGUGUCAAGGAAUGUUUUGACUCUCAAAACAAAUGAUCAGACGAUUUGCAAAAUUGACGGCUCAAAAACUUGUUCUGGUAGUAAUACAAUAACUUCAAUUAAUGACACUGCAUUAGUAGUUUUAAGUGAAACAUGUGAUAAAGGUGUUGAAGACAAAACUGUUAUUGAAUCUUGUUCCACAAAUGUAAAUACUCAGGAAAUCAUUGAUCAAAAAGCACAGGCCAUAAACAACACAGUUUGCAAUUCAAUUAAUAUUUGUUUUUCAAAUGAUAAAAAUAACGAAAUACAUGCAGCAAAUAUUUUACAAAAAGCAGUAAUUUCUCCAAUAAAAAAGAGUAAGAAAGGAGUGUGUGGAGAUGAGGAUGUUAGUGACAACUCACUUAUUGAAAAGAAGGAUUCACAAAGUUGUCUCAAAAUUAAUAAUGUGGCUAAAAUUGAUUCAAAUCAAAAUGAAGUUAAAAGCAUUGAAUGCUUCUCAAAUGAUGAAAUUGCUAAUAAAAUAAUGAUAGCUAAUAAAUCAUUUGUUAUAAACGAAGAGAUUUCUAAAACGUUCCAGGAAAUACAAAAUAUCAACAAAAAUGAAUCCAUAAACCAUCUCAAAAAUACAGCCGAUUACACCAUUGAUAAUAAAUAUAUUAUUGCUCAGGAAAUAGCAAACAGAUAUUAUAAAAACCCUGAACUUUUACAUAGCACAGAAAUUUCUCCCACCGAUAAUCUUAUUUUAUGUCAUAAUAAUAUCGCUACUGAAGAAAAAACAGGUCAAUCAAAUUUAAUGAAUACUUAUAAUAAGUGUGGAGAUUCAGAGAAUGCUGAUGGGGAUACUAUUAAUUUGAAUAAUAAAAUAUCAUACCUUCAGAGUGACUUUCGAAAUAAUAUUCAACAUCAACUUAGAGAAGUUAAAAGCAGUUUAAAAGAGGAUAAGAUUAAUAAUGAACAAAGUAAAAAAAUGUCAUUUGAAAAUUCUAUACUCUUAAUGAAUGAGCCAAUUUUAAAAGAUCUUAAUCAUAUACCAUCCAGAAUAAGGUCAUGUAUUAAAUCCUAUAUUGAUGAAAGUAAUGAUAAUAAAAAUGUAAAAUAUCGGUCUGAUUUAAUACAUUUGUGUACUCUAUCUGAAACAAUAGGUGCUUUACAUAAAAAACACUAUAUUGUGGAUAAAAUUCAGGAGAAAACAAAACUUCUUUUAUCAGAUUGUGAGGUAUUGAUUAAUAAUAUAAGGCAUAAUUUUAUGGAGAUGAAACACAUGUUGUCAGAAUAUAAUUUUGAUUUAAUUAGACAAGAUAGCCAAUUCUUGUAUGAGUUGAUAUAUGCAAUACAUCAUAAAGAUGUAUUAAAGAAAGUAAGAGCACCCUAUAUCAGUCUUGACUCUAAAGAAAAUGAAGACAAUGAUAAUCCAAACUGGAGUGUUUUGAAAGCUUUGGAAACUGAUGAAGAGAGAUAUAAAGCGGUACGCAAACGAUGGCUAAACUUGAAUGUUCCAGAUCCUCAUAUAAAUAUGACUUACAGAACUAGAAGAUUUCCAUUCCUGAACCUGAAUAAUUUUAAGAAUGAAUUUAUUCCAACUAAGAAUCGUACUGUUUCUUUUGAAGUUCUGUUUGAUGCAAAGAUUAACAAACUUCAUGAACAGAAUAACAAAUCUCUUCAAGACCUGAAUCAAGAAGAAAUUCGUGAACUGGAUGAGUUGUCGUCUCGUCAUUAUAAAGAGCAACAAGAUUCUUUGUUUAGUUAUUACAAAUAUGAACAAGAUUUCAGAUUGAUGUAUCAGAAACAAAUGGAGGAGACAAGAUUUGCAAAAGAAAAAUUUGGUCAACAAAGGCGGAUGAUAUUGACUGAAAAAAAUUUUAAACUACGCUUAUUAGAGUCCGAAAAAAAAGAUGCGCAAUCGUUCUUAAAAUUUUAUGACGGAUUAAACGGCCAGAGGGCUUUGAAGAUAUCUGAGGAUGAUUUGCAAGAAGAGUUGGAAAUUGAUGAAAUGCUUUCAUUAUACUCUAAUUUUUAUAAAUAAUAUUUUAU